AUGCCUGAAGGUGAAGAGUUGGACGUUAACCCCGUCGAAGGCGUCUCGAGAUGGCGUCUUGCCGUGAAAGCCGCCGUCCUGAGAUCCGCCGCUUCUCUAUCCUUUACUCUCAGCAAUCGCACCGCCCCCGUUCCUCCCCCACCCACUCGGACCAUAUGGGUCGAUUCAACUUUGUCAAGGUGGAAGGGGCCAAAGGCGAUCCGCGUGUACGUGUGGGAGCGCAAUUCAGCCGGAUCUCCGGACAAACGCAAACGCACUGCGCUCAUCAACUUCCACGGCGGAGGUUUCCUCCUCGGCUCCGGAACCGACGAUGCCCGCUGGGUCGCCGCCGUCCAGGAUACCUUUGAUGCUGUCGUCUUCUCCGUGGAAUACCGCCUCGCACCGGGCUAUCCGUACCCCACCCCGGUGGAAGACUGCGUCGACUCCAUCCUCCAGCUACGCGAGAGGGCCGAAGAGUUCGGCAUCGACCCGGACAACAUCAUCUUGUCGGGCUUCUCUGCCGGCGCGACCCUGGCCCUCUCGAGCUGGGUCAUUCUGCAGGACCCCUCCCGCUGGAGGUACGAGAUGCCACCGUCACUGCCGGCGGGAGAAGCGCUCGAUUCCAUCGCGGGCAUGGUCCUCUUCUAUCCACCGUUAGACUGGACCAUCAGCCGGUCGGAAAAGCGAGAGAGGUCCUCCAAGCCAGAAGAGACGCUACCGAGCAGCAUGACGGACCUGUUCGACGCCUGCUACAUACACCCGUAUAUCCCCCACGCGCAGCGCCACGACCCGCGGCUCUCCCCCGGCCUCAUGCCGGCCGAGAUGAUGAACAAACUCCCGCCCUUGCAUCUAUGUUUGUGCGAACACGACAUGCUCCUGGCCGAAGGCCUCUACUUUGCCGACAGGGCCAAGGAGGCCGGGCGCGUCGUCACCUCGAGGGUUGUGCCGGGCCAGAAACACGCCUGGGACAAGACGCUCCCUUUCAACGCCAUCGACGCCAGCAUAGCGGUGGAAUACGAAGCGGCCAUCGUGACGAUGCGGCACUGGCUGAGCGGCGAUGCGCCUGGUCUGAACGUCAAGACUAUCAGCCAACUGGACGACACGGUCGAGACGCAGGUGGAUUUGCCAGUGUGA